UGACGCCGUGACGUUCGCAUCGAUUCGGAGCAACGGAGCGACGGCGCGACGAACAGAGGCGCAGAGUGGAUAUAGGCGGCCGAAAAUCAAUCCCGCGCGUAUUACGCUCACGGCAAGGCGGAGAAAUAAUCGACGAGACUUACUUUUUGUCAGAGGCGGCAACGUGAGUCGAAGCCGGCCGCGAUGCUGAAAAAAUUCCUCGGCAAGUCCGGCCGUAGGAUCCUGCGGGCCAUCAAGAAGCUGUCCACCAGGAGUCGCAAAGCCAAAAAGUCACGCAAUCCCAGUUCCUGGCACACGGCCAUUCCGGACCUCGAAACGACUUCUCUAUCGUGGUCUCUGCCGUCCUUAGACGCCAAGAGCAUCGACACGUACAUGACGUACGUUGCCGAGAACCAAGAGGACUGCACAUCGAACUGUUGCUGUUGCGACGAGUACGAGGAGAAUCAAAAGAACGAAAACAGAGAGAACGAGAUGAUAAUCUAACAUCCGUAUCGUUAAGCGAUGUUUGCUCGUUUGUCUCGUGAUCAUAUUUGCACGGCGAUCGUUCACGAGGGAGUGGAAAGAAAUCGCACGCAUACGAUUUGAAACGAUAUUUAACCCUUAAUUGGUGAGUACGAGUAUACUCGUCCGUCAUUCCUCUUCUUUUUUUUUUUCUCUUUGCCAGGAUUCCGGUAUUCUGUAAUAUAAAUGCAGCCGCAAUAACCAGUGCAAUAAUCAGUGCAAUGGCUAUAACCAAAGAGAAGGUCGAAGGUUUGUCGAAAGCUUUCAACCGGUUAAGGGUUAAUCCUACGGUCCUUCCGUAAUCCGUUCCAUGCACCGUAAACGCCUAAGCGCUUCUUUAUUUUUCGAAAUAUGUAUAUCGUAUGUCGAGCUGAGAAAUGUGAGAUGAUGGAGAAGCCAUAAUUGUGUGAACUUCAGAAUAUUAUACGUAUAAUAUUAUCACCAUGUCAUCGAGAGAUGAAAAAAAUUGUGAUUGAGGCAUGAUACUUUAUUUCCAGUUAGUCUUCCAGUCUAGAUUAUAUCGACUUAUUUUCUCGCACGAAUCGCGCUUACGCGAAUGUGCUUGUCCUGAUCUCAUUUAGCAAUUUUGUUGAUAGAUGCGUUACUUAUUUAUUACUCCUUACUUAUUAUUUAUUAUCACGGAUACUUCGAUUAAUCACGAUACUGAUAAAAUUAUGUUGAUCCGACGAUUUAAUCGAUUCGGCGUCAGAGCGACCAUUUUAUUUCUUCUUGUUUUAUUGUACAAGGAUGGAAGGAACCAGUGCAACGCGUAUCAUUGUCUCAUUCGAUAUAGAGAACAGCAAUACGUGACGUAGUACAAAAAAAUAUAUAUAUACAUACAUACAUAUAUAUGUGUGUGUGUGUGUGUGUAUGUAUGUAUGUAUGUAUGUAUGUAUGUAUGUAUGUAUGUAUAUAUGUCUAGCACGUUGUCGACAUUCGCCAGAGAAUGACGUCCGAAAUAUAAUAGGACUUUUCCAUUUGUGGUUUUAUCAUAUCGGGUCUAACCCGCGGAUCACUAUUUUGCAAGAUACUGUUUUUGGUGUCAUGUAAACUAUUUUAGGUAAUCAAUAGUUUAUUUUCGCGACUCGCAAGUUGUACCAAAACAUGUACACCAAUGGCGGGACCUUACUAUCUAAAUAAUUUAUAUUUAUAAUUGAAAAUUGAAGAUUUUAGAAAACUAGACUUUUACUAGGAUUACAAUGACGAGAAUUAAAGUAACGAAGAAAAAAAUUAAAUUACUUACCUUCUCAAUUAACUUACUGUGCACUUACACACAUAUGUUCAUCGGGGACAUUUGGAUAUAUACGUAUUGUCGAAGUGUAACAAGUUUCAUCAAUUAAUCUUGCGCAGAUUAACCUUGAUUUUUCUACUAUUUAUCCGUAAGAAGAAAUCCGACUUUGUAACUUGAUGUCGUCGUCACUUUUACAUUAAUUGUCCUAGGUGUUCGAUAUUUUGCGCGGUCAAGAUGCACCUGUUAGAUUAGCCACAGCUGAUAUAAUCGACCCUCGAUGCAAAAAAUUUAUCAUAUUUUCAUUAAAAAUGAAAAUAAGAAUCAAUAAAAAUUGUUAUUCUGAGAAAAACAAUUUGUAUCUGUGUGAAUAUUAUUUUCUACAAGUGGCAGUUGCGAAUUUACGGAAAUGUUUCUGCAUCUUUCAUUUUAAAUCUUGCCAAGUUCGAGUUGCCAGAUAUCGAGGGUGUUUACGCAAUAAAUCGCACCGGCCUGAUCACUCGAACAGAGUUAUUCUCUUUCCAAUCGUUUUUAGCACCUUCGCUCAAAGUUAAUCUCCACUAAAAGGUAGCAGGAUGCGUUUUUACUCUCUCUCUCUCUUCCGACGCAUUGAUUUAUAAGAGAAGAAAAUGAAAGAAAAGCUUUAAUGACUUAUAUCUAUGUAUAGAUGCAGAGAAUUUAUAUGUACAUAAAAAACCAAAAAACCGAAAAUAUGGAUGUGUACGUAGGUGUAAGAUGCGUGUUGAUAUACUUUAUCGUAAGCGUGUCCCGAUAAGGCUGUGACUUUGUAACGGAUAUGAGUGUCAUAAAUAAAAUGGUUUUAUUGACGAUUCCCGACGUGUUCCCAUGACCCCUGUCAUCACGGUUUCAUUGAUCGUGCGACGUGUGUGCAAGCUACAGCAUACAUAUAUAUGCAUACGUACGGGACGCACACACGCCGGGAAAGUACUGUAAAAUCCACCGGUGUUAUAAGACACAGAAGUCCUUCGUUUGAAUUGGUAAUGAUAUCGAUCCGCGCGAUUUUCUCGUUACGGUGUGUACCAAUUAUUUUAGCGUAGCGUGUAUUCGCGUGUAAUGAGAAUUGAUUAUAUUACUUUGCGACAGGUAAUGCUACGCUCACCUCUGUAAUUCGCGCAGUUUCUGACUGAUUGCGUUUCGACGCUGCACCAUUUUUGUGAAUUUUUAUACAGAGGCUUGUCGAAAAUGAAAUUGAUGAUGAUUUUCA